GCGGGCGAGACGAAGUUGCCAAACGAAAUCACCAAACGCUACCGUCGGAACUUUUGGAAAGCCCACAAUCAAGGCUCGCCACGUAUCGGAACCUAACACCUGGACGUAGGACGCGUCCGUGGGACCCACGCCGCUACCUCGUCAUUUAUUGGCUGAUUAAUGAGACGCACCCAAUAAAAUAACCAAAGCCCUCUCAACCCCUCACUUAAACCACGGUCCGGUUAUGUCCCUCCGUCUACGGUUCGUUCUCUUUCUCUUUCCUUUGCGGUGCGACCCGAACCGGGCGCGCAUGUGUCAACAACCGUGAAUGCGUUCAUUCAUUCUCUCUCUCUCUCUCUCCCUCUCCCUCUCCCUCUCUAUCACUUUCGCUGUUGCGACGCGUUUUAUUCUCUCUCGGUCCCUUAUAAUAAUUGUGUACUCGCUUUCCGUUACUCGCCGGCGCGAGACUCCGGCGGUAUCUUAGAUCAAUCGCUGGUGCUCUGCCUCUGCCAUUCAAUUCAGUUGUUCGUUUUUUACCGCCCGAACGGUCUCAAUUUCACGCGCGUGCGGUGCAUUUCCGAACUCGAAGAUCUCCUGGAUUCGGUUCCGAUUUGAAUUGGCAGGUUUUGACGUUCGGGGUUAGUGCUUGGUUGUAAUGCGCGUUGGAAUUGGAGGCUCGGGUGUUGCUUGGGGAACUCUGAAUCUCGGUUUGAAUCUGGUGCAGUUUUGGAUCUAGGAGGUGCGGAAUUGAAUAGAAAAGCUUUAGGGUUUGGUGUUUUGUGCAUUGAUAGAGAGGGUAUGAAGGAGGCGUUGUUGGGGGGAGAGAAAAGUGAGAGGAAGAGAGGGAAGGUGGUUUGGGAAGGGUUAAUGAUGAUGGGUUUGAAAGGGGAGAGUAAUAAUAAGCUGAAGAAUUCGGUGGCUGCGGUGUCGGCGAGGUCUUCGAGGAUGAAACUGUGGAUGAUACGGGCGACCACAUCCGUGUUACUGUGGACCUGCAUCGUUCAGUUAACUGCGUUGGGUGACUCGUGGGGACCUAGAGUUUUGAAAGGAUGGCCUUCUUGUUUUACUCAUGAAUCCGCUCUCAUUGAGUUGCCUUCUGCCACCCCCAGAGUGCUCCCACCCAAGAGGGUUUAUAAAAACAACGGUUACUUGAUGGUGUCGUGCAAUGGUGGACUCAAUCAAAUGAGAGCAGCGAUAUGUGACAUGGUGGCAAUUGCAAGAUAUUUAAAUGUGACGCUUAUAGUUCCCGAACUAGAUAAAGCGUCCUUUUGGGCUGACCCCAGUGAGUUCCAAGAUAUCUUUGAUGUGGAUCAUUUUAUUACAUCCUUGAGAGAUGAGGUGCGGAUAUUGAAAGAGUUGCCUCCUAGGCUCAAGAUGAGGGUGGAAAAUGGGUUACUUUACACCAUGCCACCCAUUAGUUGGUCUGACAUAUCAUAUUAUAAGAACCAGAUCCUACCUUUGAUACAAAAAUACAAAGUUGUCCAUUUAAAUAGAACCGAUGCUCGGCUGGCUAAUAAUGACCAACCUUUGGAGAUUCAGAGGCUGCGUUGCCGAGUCAAUUUUAGUGCUCUUAGAUUUACUUCUCAGAUUGAGGAAUUGGGCAGAAAGGUGAUCAAACUUUUGAGGCAAAAUGGCCCAUUUCUAGUACUACAUCUGAGGUAUGAGAUGGACAUGUUGGCAUUUUCUGGCUGCAAUCAAGGUUGCAAUAGUGACGAGGUGGAAGAAUUAACAAGGAUGAGAUAUGCUUAUCCUUGGUGGAAAGAAAAAAUAAUCAAUUCUGAUUUGAAAAGAAAAGAUGGUUUGUGUCCUUUAACACCUGAGGAGACUGCCCUUACGCUUAGGGCCCUUGACGUUGAUCAAAACAUUCAAAUUUACAUUGCAGCUGGGGAGAUAUAUGGUGGGGACAGGAGAAUGGCGAGUCUUGCGAAGGACUACCCAAAACUGGUCAGAAAGGAAACACUGUUGGAAUCAUCUGACCUUCAGUUCUUCCAAAAUCAUUCUUCUCAGAUGGCAGCAUUGGAUUAUCUUGUCUCAUUAGAGAGUGAUAUAUUUGUUCCUACAUAUGAUGGAAAUAUGGCUAAAGUAGUCGAGGGCCAUCGCAGAUGAUCUGGCUGUUUUUUUAUUAGAGAUGAGGUGCCAACAUAGAAAAGGCAGUAUCAAUUUUACUCUGAUUUUUUCCCUCCUUAUUGUUUGAAUUGUAAGUACUUUAGCACCAAGUACAUGACUUGAGCCCUUCAAUUCUUCUACAGAUAUCUUGGGUUCAAGAAGACGAUUUUAUUGAACAGAAAGCUCCUAGUUGAUUUGAUAGAUCAAUACAAUGAUGGAGUAUUGAACUGGGACGAAUUCUCCGCAGCUGUGAAGGAAGCUCAUGCUGAUCGCAUGGGUGGUGCAACCAAAAGAUUGGUAAUCCCCGACAGGCCCAAAGAAGAAGAUUACUUCUAUGCCAAUCCAGAGGAAUGCCUGGAACAGUCAGAUGAUAUGUUAAGUAGUACGUGAGUGAUGUGUUUGGAAAUAAAGGAAUUUACUUGUGCCCUCCCCUGGUGCACUUGAUUUUCUGUCACAGAUACUAAGAUAGGUCUCUACGCAGUUUAGCAAAGAUGACAGCUUUGUAUCAAAGAGGCAGUCGUAGUGACUGUUAGAAGAGAGAGAGAGAGAGAAGGUCAGCCAAAGUAGCCGCGGGGGAUACCUUAUAUAUAAAACAUGCAAAUAAUUCAUCACAUUCAUGUAUAGAAGCCACCCUGCCAUUACAGGGUGAGAGCAGAUCGCACUGCAUCAUGGUACACCGAGGGAUUCAUAUACAAAUCUGGAUUUCUGGAACUGCAGUUCGUAGAAGCUUUAUCCCUUGGUACCUCCCAUUUUUCCUUUUUCUUAUAAAGAUAAAUAUAUUAUAAUUUUUCCCCAUUUACCACACUUUUUUUUAUUCAACACUAUCAUUGUGAUUUUGUGGACUACUCACUGUAAAAUUUGUUUGUUCGUGAUUUUUGCCUCCUAAUUUCUUAGCUUUUGGCCAUUAUUCAGGGAUUGAUAGGUUGGCUUUUGUUUAUUUAUAUUUGACAGAGUGUCAUCUUAUCCAUCAAACAUUUCAUAGCCCAUAAUUCGUAAUUAUAAUUCAUGAUAUGAUAUUGUAUCAACUUAAUUGCAAAAGUAAUGCCAUCUUAUCAGUCAACUACUUACUAAAUAGCAAGACCAAUAAACCCAUCUGAACAGGGAACUCCUGUUCUCCUGUGACCGUCUCUAACGUGGUUUGGAUGGAAUUUGGCUUGUUUCAUCGGUUGGAAUGUGCAUAUCUUAUAAUUAGGCGAAUUGGAGUUGGUGGGUUUUAUAUGUUGAGAGAGUAUUUGUUCCGGAGUAGGACAGAUCACAAACACCAGCAAUCAAAGCCAAUCAAAAGGGGUCCACUCGCUUCUUUGAUUUAUUCUAAUAUCCCAACGCAAAUGAUAUAUGAUUCGUGUGGUCGGUGACACGAGAAUAUCCGUUGUUGAUCCGUCUUGGCAACUUGUAGAAAUCAAGUUGACAGAAGAAUAUUCGUGUGGUUGCAACACUCGCUAUAACGAGUUAUCACUUCGCUGUAGUGACAUCUCCUCUUGGUACAGCAAAAAUUUCAGAUGAAAUUGUAUUUUAAUUUCUGCAGAAUCUCACUAUAGCGAGACUCUCUCGUUACAUCGAGAUUGUAUCCAAGAAUAUAUCUCUUUUUGUUGCUCUUUCACUAUAAUGAGGGACUUUUUGCUACAGUAAAAACACUGCUACAACAUGUACUUAGUCUAUAUUUUCAAUUCAACCAUAAGUUCACAUUC